AGAGACCAGCUGAUCAUCACCGGACGAGGAGUAGGACAAGAUCACGACCAUCAGUCCGAUCUGUGCUUAUAAUCCUGCAAGAAAAACAUCACUUACCUGCACCACAUGCUUAGAUUAAUACAGUAGAUUUAACGAUAACGGUUCAGCGUUGAUUUUCGGAAACGGAAGUAAACAGAAGACCACAACCAUCGACCAAAAGACGAGAAGAUGUCUGGAAAAGACAGGAUCGACAUAUUCCCCUCCAGAAUGGCUCAGACCAUCAUGAAGGCUCGACUAAAAGGUGCUCAGACCGGCCGCAACCUGCUGAAGAAGAAAUCUGACGCCCUCUCCAUGCGCUUCCGUCAGAUCCUCCGCAAAAUCAUCGAGACUAAGACUAAGAUGGGAGAGGUGAUGAGAGAGGCAGCUUUCUCAUUGGCUGAAGCCAAAUUUGCAGCUGGAGACUUCAGCACAACUGUGAUCCAGAACGUGAACAAAGCUCAAGUGAAGGUCAGAGCCAAGAAGGACAACGUAGCAGGUGUCACUCUUCCAGUUUUUGAGCACUACCAGGAGGGUGGAGACAGUUAUGAGCUGACUGGUCUGGCCCGAGGAGGAGAGCAGCUCUCCAGGUUGAAGAGGAACUACGCCAGAGCUGUGGAGCUGCUGGUGGAGCUGGCCUCCCUACAGACAUCUUUUGUCACUCUGGAUGAAGCCAUAAAAAUUACCAACCGGCGUGUGAAUGCUAUUGAACAUGUGAUUAUUCCCCGGAUCGAUCGCACCCUCACCUACAUCAUCACAGAGCUGGAUGAGAGAGAACGAGAGGAGUUCUACAGGCUGAAGAAGAUUCAAGAGAAGAAGAAGCAGCUCAGGGAGAGAACAGAGCUGGAGAUCGCGGCCCGUCUGGCUAAGCUGGGCCCCAUCGCCGAGCCCACCAACAUGCUGACGGAGGAGACGGAUGAAGACCUGCUGUUUGAGUGAACAAUAUAUCUAUCAACAUAUUUAUUGUGUGCCUCUGAGGCCGUGUCUAUGUCUUCUAUUACAAUUGAUGAACUUGUUUUUUGUGUACUCGUCUGUGAUGAUUUGUGCGGUUGUUUUCAGCACUGGAAGGUUGUGUGUGUUUCCAGAUUUGUCUGUGUACAGAACCAAAAUGUCGUCAAGCUUGGCUGUAAACCCACAAGGGACUCUGUUCACCUUAAAGUAAUCUAAAUAAUAAGAAAAUGUUUAUGUUUACACACGGCUUGUGAGUAAAUUAAAGAAGCAUUCCAUGUGAUGGAUGGAUUGUAGAUAUUCCUCUUCAUUUAGAGCCAUUUAUUGCAUGCUGUAAAGCUUCAAGUGGUUGUAGAUUUCAAAGAGUGUGUGAGCCUGUGUUGUGAAGGAUCAUCCAGCUGCUGACCUCAUAUCACUGGGUUGUUCUUACCUCGCUGAGGAUGUUUACCAUUAUAUCUAAAAACCCACAAUAUGACCCCACUGUAAAACUUGGUGUAAGUCCACAAAGCCCAACACUUCAUCAAAUAAAGAUGUUAUUAUUCUCCAA